CCGACGCGUGAUGCUGCGCACGCUACACGAUUCUUAUGCAAUUAACAGUUCACCAGCUCAGGACGAGACGUGGAGAACUGAAGUGUCAGACAGCAACAGGAAUAUUGAUGUCCACAUUUCAUUUCCCAUGCAUGUUUUAAAGUUAGCAUUCUUUUCCAGUCCUGUGAUGUUGUGGAUGGAUUGAUCCGCUGUGGACGUGUGGAAAACUCUCAUGCAUGGUGGAGUUGCAUUGGAUAAAAGUUGCGGAGACUGCAUCGACUUCAUUUGCGCAUCAUGAUGGAUCAUCCGCAGUGUUUGCUGGCUGUAUACCUGCUGCUGGUGUCGUUCGCUCAGUGUCAGCACUAUUAUCUCCUCCGACCCAUCCCCAGUGACACUUUACCCCUGCUGGAGCUAAAAGAGGACCCCGAUCCGAUCUACGACCCCCUGGAGAAGGAUCUUAAUGAAACCGAGCUGAGGAGCAUUCUCGGAGACAUUGCCAGCCGCUUCCUCUCCAUCACACCUCCUCAGGACCGCUACACGGGCAACGAGGAGCUGGACGAGCUGGAUCUCCUGCAGAACCCGACCGGACUGAUGCCCAAAGACAUCCGGGCUCUGGACUUUGACGUGCAGUGGGGCAAAAAGCGCAAAGCCAGCAAGAAACUGAAGCGGCGGCUGCAGAUGUGGCUGUGGUCGUACUCCUUCUGUCCCGUGCUUUACGCGUGGAAUGACCUGGGCUCGCGCUUCUGGCCCCGGUACGUCCGCGCGGGCAGCUGCUACAGCAAGAGGUCGUGUUCGGUGCCGGAGGGCAUGGUAUGUAAACCGGCCAAAUCCACGCACAUCACGCUGCUGCGCUGGAGAUGCGUGCAGAGGAGAGGCGCGCUCAAAUGCGCAUGGAUACCCGUGCAGUACCCCAUCAUCACAGAGUGCAAAUGCUCCUGCGCCAACUGAUCACGAAUACGAAUGAACUUAAACUCUCAUCUGACUCCCAUUUCAGGACUUGAGCUCCAAAACACGAUCUGAUGCAUAUAACUGGACUAUGUAAACGUAGAUCAGGAUGCGUGUUUUUGGGAAGAAUAAAAACAUGAAUAAACAAAAAAUGCAUGCAUGCUUUUGGACUUAAGUUAUAAGAACUUUAAGAUGAUACAAAUAUCUGGACUUUAAGUUAUUACAAAAAAAAAUAUAUAUAUAUAUAUCUUAUCUGAUGUUUUUGGACACAAAGUUGUAAAAACUCAUCUGGAACAUUUUAUUUUGGAUUUAAGUUCCAAAAUCUACA